AUGUAUCAAUUCUUUGGGCUCCCUGAUGGCCCAGUGGGUAAAGAAUCUGCCUGGGAUCCACCCAGGGAUCCCAAUGCAGGUUUGAUCCCUGGGUCCAGAAGAUCUCCUGGAGGAGGAAAUGACAAACUACUCCAGUAUUCUUGCCUGAAAAAUCCCAUGGACAGAGGAGCCUGGCAGGCUACAGUCCAAAGGGUUGCAAAGAGUCAGACACCUGAGCGGCUUAAGACACACACACAUACACACAAAUACAUGCACACACACACACCACUUUUUCACUUGAUGGUGAGAGGAAUAAAUACUAGGAUUUGA